GAAAAAUGGUAGCCUUAGUCAAAGAGAGUGGGGACAGAUAGAAGGAGGGGGAAGAAUACGUUGGAUAAUACUAAUACAAGACAAGAUGAUGAAAGAGUAUAGAGAGUGGCGGGGCCGCCAGUGAUAUGAAUAGUAAACCCCUUUGUCCCCUCUCAAUUACUCCCUCCCUUCCCCUAUUUUCCAUUCACUACUAUUUCUCUCUCUCAAAAACAGUCUCAUCAACUUCAAAACUCUUCACACACUCAGUGAUUCACAUAUCAUAUACUCUUAUCUUUUCUUCCUUUAAAACGUCCCAUCAUCAUCUAUCCAACGUUGAAAACCUUCGACUUGUAUUUUUCUUGGAAAACCCAAAAUCUCAAAGAAAGCUACUCCAAUUAUAUCACUCUAUCUUUUUCUCCCAGAUAAAUAGACUUGAGAUCGCUUUUCACCUUGCUGCUCUUGCUUCUCUGGUUACUGCUUCAGCUAAGAAUUUCUUCUUGCUUUCACUUGUUUUAUUAUUUUUUAAUCUGGAUUGUCUUGCCCAUGACAUGUCACUAGACAUUAACUUCACAGUGGAUACCCAAAAUUGGAUGUGUUCUACAUAUAACAAUAUUGACUGAUUGCGGCUAUCUGGAUUUGAAUUAGACAAGCAAAGAAAAAUCUUAUGAUUUCAUCCAUGACUAGUCUGUCUAUCUAGUAUCCAGUACACUAGAACUAGUAAAAUAGAGGCACUAUCAUUGCAAGGCAAUCUUCAUCACAACUUCUCUCUUAGCUAACUGUCAGAUAAGUUGGAUGCAAGUCGAAGUCCUUCCUCACAUUAAAAUCAUAGUCAAAUAAUUUCUUGCAUUUUAUGGAUUCAACAUCUUUAGUCGGAGUAUCCGACCCAAACACUGGCGGCAGUGGAGGAGGAGGAGAAGGUCCAUCAAUAACAACCGCUCCCCCCGAGAGCGGAGGGUCAACAACAGUUUCUGCAGCACCACCGAGCCGAUACGAGUCACAAAAACGUCGAGAUUGGAACACUUUCUUACAGUACUUAAGGAACCACAAGCCACCGUUAACCCUAGCCCGAUGCAGCGGGGCCCACGUGAUCGAGUUCCUUAAGUACCUCGAUCAGUUCGGGAAAACUAAGGUGCACGUGACUGGGUGCCCUUAUUUCGGGCACCCAAAUCCACCUGCACCUUGUGCGUGUUCGUUAAAGCAAGCUUGGGGUAGCCUUGAUGCACUAAUUGGAAGGCUAAGAGCUGCUUAUGAAGAAAAUGGGGGUAAACCUGAAUCAAAUCCGUUUGGUGCCAAAGCUGUUAGAAUAUAUUUAAGGGAAGUUAGAGAAAGUCAAGCUAAAGCUAGAGGAAUUCCUUAUGAAAAGAAGAAACGCAAAAGACCGAGUAGUUCAAGCUCGGUCGUGAUGACAGCUGGCAGUGCUAGUGGCGGAGGUGUUGUUGCAGUAGAAGGUGGUGGUAGUGGUGGCGGAGAUGGUGGAGGUAAUGUCAAUGGUGGUGGUGGUGGUGGUGGCAGUGGCGCGACUAUUGGUCAGCCACCUACUACUACUAAUACAACAGUAUAAUACAGAUUAUUUUCCAUGAUUCAUUUUCGAUUUUAAUUUUAGCUAGCAACUUUUUUUUUUUUGGUCUUCUAGUUCAGUAUACACUAUUCCUAGUAAGUAAUUGUGAAUUACGUAUGAGAUUUAUUACAUCACUUCUGAUCACAUUUAUUUAAAUAUUUUUAGUUUUAUUCA